GGUGCGUCUUAUUUCCAUUCCAGUGAUUGACUGCGCACGGCUUUCACCGGCGGAGCUGGGGGCAUUGACGCAUUGUGGAGUCGACACGGGGUAGCACUGCAACCCGGGCUUCGCUACACAACAGAGGCAUCUAUCGGCGGAACCGCGAUGGCCGUGGUGCAGCUCGACACGGAUGACCAUCAACCUGAGAACGGCUUCGUGUCCCCCGAAACCACGUCGUCGGGGCUGCUGACCCUCAUCGACGGCUCUGUUCUGCCAUUUCUUGGGGGAUUUGGGAAGUACCAGAAACAGCUGAUCGUGCUGACAUGGAUCCCAGCGUUAUUCAUUGGAUUCAGCCAAUACUCUGAUAAUUUCCUCCUUGCCCAGCCGAAAAACACAUGCAUCCAGCGUUUGGCAAACCUGACUAAUCAGACUGCAAGCCAUUCCUCGUUGUUAGACAGUCCAAAAAACAUCAGCGCGCGGCCAGCCUAUAUUUAUGCCAAUGGAAGUUACGGCACCCACAAUGACACCAACAUGCAUUGUAGGUGCAAUGAGUGGACAUUCGAGCUGCACACAGGACUUGUACAGAACGUGGUUACCAAGUGGAGUCUUGUGUGUGAUUCAGCAUGGAAAGUCCACAUCGCCAAGUUUUCUCUGUUGGUGGGAUCCAUCUUUGGAUACCUGACGUUUGGAGUCCUUGCUGACUGGUUUGGCCGCCACCCGGUGCUGAUCAUAUCGGUGCUGUUCAUGUUGGUGUUUGGUCUGACCGUGGCCUUCUCUGUCAACGUCCCCAUGUUCAGCACCCUGCGCUUCUUUGAGGGUUUCUGCCUAGCAGGGAUCACCCUUUCUCUCUACGUCCUCAGGAUUGAGCUGUGCCUACCAGCAUGGCGUUUCUCCAUGACCAUGGUGGCCAGUUUUAUAGUGUUGGGUGGUCAGCUGCUGAUGCCUGGAGUGGCAUAUCUGUGUCGUGACUGGCAAGUGCUCCAGGCUGUCAUCAUCUGCCCCCUGCUACUGAUGCUGUCCUACAUCUGGAUCUUCCCUGAGUCACUGCGUUGGCUGCUGGCCACUCAGCAGUACUGCCGCUCCAAGUGGAUCAUGGGACACAUAGCGAAGAAAAACCGGGUGAACAUGGAGCUCGACACGGAUAAUAUCCUCACAGAACUGCAGAGAGCUCUUCAAAAUAAACACAAGAAGACGUGCAUUGUGAAAAUGGUCGGGACAAGAAACCUGUGGAAGAAUAUCGUCGUGCUCUGCGUCAACUCUCUAACAGGCUAUGGGAUCCACCACUGCUUUGCUCGCAGCAUGAUGGACCCCGAAGCGCAGGAGACGACCAUGUUCCAUAACUUCUAUGCAGAUUAUUACACCAUGGCGGGCAUUGCGGUGGCAUCCUGCAUGGCGCUGUGCCCUGCGGUGGGCCUGAUGGGCCGGCGGGGUGGCCUUCUCAUGUUUAUGAUCAUCACUGCACUGGCAUCACUGCUGCAGCUCGGUCUGCUCAAUUUGCUGGGGAAGUACAGUGGCCAUCUGAAUAUAGAAAACUCAGGUACGCUGAAUAAAAACUUCUCCAUCGCCUUCUCCAUCAUUGGCAUGUUCUCCUCCCACGCAGUCAGCAACCUGAGCAUCUUCUUCUGUGCCGAGAUCACACCCACUGUGAUCAGGGGCGGUGGGCUGGGCCUGGUCCUAGCCAGCGCCGGCUUCGGCAUGCUGACUGCGCCUAUCAUGGAGCUCCACAAUCAGAAGGGCUAUUUUCUUCACCACAUAAUCUUUGCCUGCUGCACUCUCAUCUGCAUCAUCUGCAUUCUACUGCUGCCCGAGACGCGCUACCAGCCCCUCCCCGAGACCCUGGCUGAUGGCGAGCGCUACACCCGACAACCUCUCCUUCCCCCGCGGAAACCUGGAGAACAGCGUCUCUUGCUGGCUCAAUCUGAGAGCAGCAGGGACUACACCAGGGUGCACGACACGCCACUUCACGAAGCAGCCGCCACCGUGGUGUCCACGAUGGACUCCACCGCCUCAUCGGCUGUUGAUUUGACUGCUGUGUCGGUCGGAGAUAUAUCCGCUCCCACGUUCAUGGAGGUGCACCCUGGCAAGCCUGAGAUUAAAGACCCCAACGGUCACUCACUUCCAUCUUUAUCCAGAACCCCCAUCCCAGCCCUGGGUAAAGACGGCCUCAUACUUGCCAGUAAAGAGCACCCGCUGUCUUCCACUCCUAUACACAAAGCUCCAUGCGCCGAAGACCCACUUUUAGCCAAUAGCGAAGAACCUCUAGCAGUAGUCGUGGACUCUGUUGAGCCAUUGACGGAUUCGGCCAUUCACAAAAUUAAUCACAUUGGUCCUUCCCCUACAAAAGAGCCAGCCGCUAUCCCUUCCCCAUCAUUAGACCGAUCCCCUGCCCCCGUGUCUCAAACUGUGCCUGCCUCCUUAUUGAUCUGCACCACACCCAUCAUCGAACCCCCGCCUAGCUCCACGUUGGAAUCCCCUGACCCGGUGGGAAAUGAGAUCGACGUUAUCGCCCCGAAAAUCGACCCGCUUUUGCUAGAGGCCCCUCGUGCCGCUUUAGCAGACUCCCCUACUCCAUCUAUGCAUGACAGCCUCCCUCCAUCCCCUAGCCCCUCCCCUGUUCCCACACCAGAUUGCAACAUUUCCCCUGACCCUCCACCCUCCGUUAUUGCACACUCUGACAUUCCCAUCCAGUUAGAAAUAUUUGACCAAUCUACAUCUUCUCCUUCCACUAGAGACUCCCCCAUACCUCCUGUCAUAGAUACGGUCAACACCACUACACCGAUUCCUACCAUUCUCCCAGUCACAGACAUUGUGCUCACCUCCACUCCAGAAUCUACCACUCUGACUGUUCAGCUCGCGCAGGAUUCAGCCGCUUCCCUUGCUAUAGAUUCAGCACCAACUUCCAUCACGGAUUCAGGCUCUACAGAAGCAGCUCCCUCCUCUCUAAUGGACUGCACCGUCUCCUCCCCCAUAGACUCUGGCGUCCUUUCCAUCAGGGACAGUGCCAGCACAGAAAACAACACUGUCAAUGGCGUGGCGUCGUUAUGAUCCGGUGUUGCAGCCAGGAGAAGAAGCUUUACGGGUGCUCGAGGAAGCAGCCCACGCCACAUGAAUAACCCGAGAAAGGGGACACGAACUGUCCUACUCAGACUUCAGGCACUUACUGAAGAUUGUCCCCGCCUGGAGUUGAGUAGACAUGUCUUACAGAGAUGCUGUAUGUUUCUCAAUGUCCCCCUCCCCACCUUCCCCCCCCCCCUCCCGCCCACUCCCCACCCCUUCCUGCAUUUAGCCAAUAAAUGAGACCACGCAAGUGAGAGAGUGCCAGAGGCUGGUUUGUGACAAUGUGACAGUAUCUUCUGCUCUUUUUGAAUGUCACUGGAAAUCACUAGCCUUUAAACUACUUUGAUGUAAAUGAAUGGGAAAUCACUGUCUGUCAUUUUAAAGAGACUCACUACUAAAACCCACAAUCACUGAGAGUACUGGUGAGAAAUACAAAACUAACAAAGAAACAAAAAAAAAUGAAAUCACUGGUACUUUUGCUCAAAUGAAAUGUCCGUCUAACAUAUUUGUAUAAAAAGAAAUCGCCUUACCUGUAUGGACAAAAAAAAAAAUCUGAAUGUUACAACGUAUUUUUUGCCGUCAUAGAAGUAAACAAUCCAAAUUGGAGUGAUUUUUCUAAAUAAAACGCCAAAAAAACUACUCUGACCAAAAUUAAAUGUAGACAGUGCCAAAAAAUUAGUAUAAGUACAGUAUUUGCCUGUUUGGGGGAAUACUGUUUAGUACAGUCCCCUGCCAUAGACUGUAUGUGGAUUAAAGUGAAUCAGAUGAACCCUUUUUCCAAAGUUAAGAAAUACAAAAGAAGUCAAUUGUCUAUCAAAUUCAUUAAAGACUGAAAGCUAUAUCAUUUGAUAAAUUAGAAUUGAAAGAUAAGAUUGAGAUCGCUAAAUUGCUUUCAUCAACACGUGGUUCAUUUUAUGAACAGUGAUAUUAGAGGAAAGAAUGACCCAUAUUUUGUCGGUCUGAAGAAACUUUUAUUUUUCCAAUCGUUUCAGUUAAUGGAAUUUAUGGUAUGCAAAUGCUUUUAUCUGUAAAUGUGAUAUUGUAAGUAAAUGCAUAAUUAGUUGUUGAGCUUGAUUCAGUCAGUUUUCUUUUUUUACAAAUUCAAACUAUUAUUUAGAAUAAUAUCCCAUGGCGUGCCCUUAUUGUACAAAGCUAUACUACAUUUUUACAGUAUUUGUGGUACGUCAGUGUGGUACCACCUUAUUCUUUGCAGUUGGGACAAAGCAUGAAAAUACUUGUGAAUGUGUCAGCAAAACAAACCUUAAAAGCAAACGUUAAAAAGACACAAAAAGCUAUUUUUGAAAUGAAACCAAUGGAUGACAAAAUGUUCAAUGUGAUUGCCAACUGUCACAGCAUCGCUAACCCUUCAGUGUGUUUUCCAAAUCAUGUUCGGGAAUUAACAUAGUUCAUGUGUGUCAAUGUGUUCAUACAUUCACAUGCACAAUAAAGUUUACCUUUUAAAAUAAAUGCAAUACAUCAUAUUUGUCAAAAAUACAUUUUUUUAAAUCUAGGUCAAAUCCUUGUUUAAAGGUAGAUUCACCUAUUCUUAAUCUUAAAUUGGAAAACUCUUUUGUCCAUCUGUGGACAGCUUUACACUUGACUUGUGUGAAGCUUGACAGUUGUUGUUACACACUUAAUGUUGGAGGUUGUAAUAUUUGUCAGAGAAAGAUGUAGGAUGACGGAUAGACCAAUGUUUACAACAACAAUAACAAUAAUAAUAAUAAUUACACUUUACUGUAAAACUUAAGAGCCAACUGAAUGAUGUCUUGUCAUUUAAAACUUUCUCACGGUACAUCAUUACACAUUUAUCCAGGGAGUAUUGGUGCUCUAUUAAGGUGUCAAUCAGGAGUCAAAGACCACAACGGACGUGUGUUAUUCACACCGUCUUGUGAUUUAUGAAGAACCUUACAGAUACUUUACUCACCAGAAUCUUCUUUUGCUUUCAUCUAAGUCAAAUGUGCACUGACAAAGGCGCUACGUACCUUUUGGUAUCUGAAUGAUUGAGCAAACCUGCUUUUUUGUUGUUUUUCUCCCCCUCAAAUGCAGCUUAAAUCAAAGUAUGAAAGCUCUUUUUUUUUUUUUUUUAUAUAUUAAUCCAUUUGAUCUUUUAAUGGAUCAUCAAGUCAACAACCUUCCAUUUAGUGAUUCAUGUCAAACAUUUAACGUCUAACAUGCCAUGCUGCUAAGCCUCAAAGCACAAUGCCCUGCAAUCAUGUGAUGUCAAAUUUGGUGGAGUUUGGCAUCUUGACAGGUACAAACAAAAAGGGAAAAUGCAGUUGGAUUUUGAAUACAGGAAUGAAUAGUAACACAAUAACUUUUGCAAUAGACUCACAUGUAAUCUACUUUGCGGAAGAGGAUGUUGACACUGGAUUUAAGAAGGAAUUCUGACUGCAGAGGUCAGAAGCUUCACGUUACUCUGAGUCCUUGUUGUCUGUGAGUGUUGGUCUCUCUUGUCUUAGUGUGCGUAUUGCAGAUAUAGUGUAUUGUAUUGCCAAAACUCCAUUCAACACCAGUGUAAAGACGGCGACACGGCACAAACACAGCUGGUGUAUUCUCUUAAGAUCAGUUAGUUCCAUUUUCACAAGUCCCAUGCAGCGAUUGCUACACAGUGCUGAUGGGGGGGGGGGGGUAAUAUAUGUGGUGUAAAAAUCAGUAAAAGCAAUUCAAAACAUUGUUAGCACCAGCGAUAGGGUGGACGAGGAUACGGUGAUCGAUGGUAAAGUAAAAAAAAAAAAAAAGAAUGGGUUAAGCCUUUGUAAAUAGUAAAUGUGUGGAAACGCCCAGUGUCAUUAAGAUGAAGUAUGAUAACAUGGACUGCUAGAUUUGAACUUAGAUGAAACUCUCAGAGACUUGUAGUCCCCAGUGUACACAUUUCAGGUUUUGCUUCUCUUAACUGUGCGACUCAGAAUCACCUGUUGGGAGAUUUGAAUGAAUGUAAAAACCAUGGAUUGUACCAUUUAUAAUUUCUGAUUGUUUGGUUUCAUUUUGUUUUUUGUUUUAACAGACAUAAUGCACUUGUAUAUAAGCCAUACCUGUUGUUAAAAUAAACCACUAUUUAUUGAUCAAC